GGAUGGUGGCACCCUGAGGGGAUGCUGGCAGACCAAGGUAGUUGCCACCUCUGCCUUGAGGGAUUGCUCUUACCUGCCUGCAGGUCCCUUUGGGGCGAUGGCAGUGCCCCCUUGGCCAUCCCAGCUGGUCUGGCUGUCACUGUCAUGACCCCACACCAUCCCCCAGCCAAGGCAGGGCCCACAGCAAAGUCCCUUCCUGCUGUGGACAUGCAACAAUAUGCUCUGCUGUACUGGUUUUAUCUUCUCCCAGUUACAGUCCCCACCUCUGCUAGUGGCACCUGGAAAGGUGUUUGCUGCAGGUGUCCAUUCCAGGCCUUCUGAACCUCCACAUCUCAAGAAAGUCUCUUCUUCAAUGUCCAUAUAGCUGUGCCAUGCUUUGAAUUCCCACUGAUCACACUCUGAGAGGGUGGAAUGAUGAGAGAGGGUUUGUGUAUGUUUGUGUAUGUGAUGUUGCACUGUGGGUCUGGAGGAGGAAAUGGAACUGUCCCAGCGUUGAAGGAGCUCAGGUGGUUCAUUGUACUCCUCCUCAGCCUGGGGGAUGAUCUCUCCAGAGGUCAUAGAGUUAUAGAAUAUCAAAAGUUGGAAGGGAUCUGCAAGAAGUCCAGCUCAUGACCCUGCACAGGGCAUCCCAAGAAUCUCACCAUGAUUGUGAAAAAAAUCGGGGAGCAGUUGGCAAAGGGAAGGGGCGAUGGGAGGCUUUGAGGUUCAGCUUCUACAGUGCUGGGGACCUCCAUGUUAGCAUCCUUAACUCCUCGGGCCCAGGUGCCCUUUGCUCGCUACCUGGCCAUGAACAAGGUCACCAACAUGAAGCGCUACCACGUUGCCAAGGUGUACAGGAGGGACAACCCAGCCAUGACCAGGGGCCGCUACCGCGAGUUCUACCAGACUUUGACAUUGCCGGGCAGUUUGACCCGAUGAUUCCCGAUGCUGAGUGCCUGAAAAUCGUGCACGAGAUCCUGAGUGACCUGCAGCUCGGAAACUUCCUCAUUAAGGUCAAUGACCGUCGGAUUUUGAAUGGUGUGUUUGCUGUCUGUGGUGUUCCAGAGAACAAGUUCAUACCUGUCUGCUCCACUGUGGACAAGCUGGACAAGGUGCCGUGGGAUGAAGUGAGGAGUGAGAUGGUGGGAGAGAAGGGGCUCUCUCCCGAGGCUGCGGAUCGCAUCGGGGAGUACGUCCAGCUCCAUGGUGGGCUGGAGCUGAUCGAGCGGCUUCUGCAGGACCCAAAGCUAUCCCAGAACAAGCUCGCCAAGGAAGGGCUGGGAGACAUGAAGCUGCUGUUUGAGUACCUGACCCUGUUUGGCAUCACAGGGAAGAUCUCCUUCGACCUGAGCCUGGCGCGGGGCCUGGACUAUUACACAGGGGUGAUCUUUGAGGCUGUGCUGCUGCAGCAGGAGAACGAGCACGUGGAGGAGCCCGUCAGCGUUGGGAGCGUGGCUGGAGGUGGCCGCUAUGACGGGCUGGUGGGGAUGUUUGAUCCCAAGGGCCGGAAGGUGCCCUGUGUGGGGGUCAGCAUUGGGAUUGAGCGGAUCUUCUCCAUCCUGGAACAGAGAUUGGAGGCUUCUGGGGAGAAACUUCGAACAACUGAGACCCAGGUGCUGGUGGCUACACCACAGAAACACCUGCUUGCUGCCAGACUGAAGCUCAUCUCCGAGCUGUGGGACGCAGGGAUCAAGGCAGAGAUGCUGUACAAGAAGGAUCCUAAAUUGCUGAAGCAGCUGCAUUAUUGUGAGGACACAGGGAUCCCCCUUGCUGCCAUUGUGGGAGAGCAGGAGCUGGCAGAUGGAGUCGUCAAACUGCGAGAUGUUGCAACAAGAGAGGAGGUUGAUAUCCCCAGAGAAAAGCUUGUUGAUGAGAUCAGGAGAAGGCUGGAGCCCUGAGAACCUCUCUGGCCGGAGCUGCUUGGCUGAAGUGCUGCACAACUGGAACGCUCCUCCAGCACCCUCAGCCAUUCCCUGCCAGCUGCGGUC